AUGACGGUGGACGGGAACGAAAAGCCCCAACGGGAUCGCGUAUUCAUGGACAUUACGAUCGGUGGUUUGCCCUCCGGUCGUAUAGUAUUUGAAUUGUUUAAUGAUAUAGCUCCGAAAACCGCGGAGAACUUUCGAGCGUUAUGCGCCGGAGAUAUGGGUGUUGGUAAAGUCACAGGAAAACCAUUGACUUAUAAGGGUAUGCUCUUUCACCGUGUGGUGAAGGACUUCAUGAUUCAAGGGGGAGACUUCACAAAUGCGAAUGGAACUGGAGGAGAGUCUAUAUAUGGAGGCACUUUUGAAGACGAGACAUUUGAGGUCCAGCACGAUAGACCAUAUUUGCUGUCCAUGGCUAACAGGGGCAAGGACACAAAUGGUUCACAGUUCUUUAUUACAACACAGCCGGCACCGCAUCUCGACAAUGUACACUGUGUGUUCGGGCAAGUGGCGUCGGGCGCGGCGCUCGUGCGGCAGCUGGAGGCGCUGCCGGUGGACCGCAACGCGCGCCCGCUGCAGGACGUGCUGGUGGCCAAUUGCGGGCAGCUGGUGAAGGUGGAACGUAAGAAGCGUAAGAAGGACAAGGAACAAGAGAAAGAGAGCGGGGAAGAAUCUGAUCAGUCUCACAAGAAGGAGAAAAAGAAGAAGAAGGACAAGAAGAAGAAAAGACACCGUUCCCGUUCAGCAGAGGAGGACCAGCCGGAGCCCUCGCACCCGCUGGUGUCCACCUCCAAGAUAGACCCGCGUGAGAUCCCCGAGGUGCCCGCUAACAGGUUCCUCAUGCGCGGCGGCCGGGACCAGGACAGGGACAGGGACAGGAACGACCAGAGGCGGGAUAGGGACAGGAUGCGGUAUCGUGAAAGGGAACGUCAUACUUAUACUCGCAGCGGCAGGUCCAUAAAGGGACGGGGGGUGUUUCGCUACCGCACGCCGUCGCGCUCGCGCUCGCGCUCGGCCACGCCGCCGCACUGGCGCCAGGCGCAGCGCCGCAUCGUCAAGCUCGCGCACAUUGAGCAAAUGGAGCGUGAACAGCCAGAACAAGACCUGAGAGCAAAAGCAGUUGAUAAAAUGCACAGCAGAGAGGGCGAGGAAGGCACUCCGGAAAGACCGCAAGAGAAAGAAGAAGGAGAAUGCGAUACUACAUUGGAUAAUUCUCGCCACGAAAAGGUCGAUUACAAUGCUUUGGACUUUGAAGAAGAUAUUGAACAUGAUGAGCCGGCCAGAAAGCGGCGGCCGGGCGCCAGCGAGCGCGCGGACAUCCUGGCGCGCGCGCUCGGCGUCAACCCGAAGCAUCAACGCGAUAUGAGAGAGCCACGGGAGCAAAAACGUCGGGAAGGUAUGCAAUCCACAGUCAACUACGUCGCUCCAAAGCUCUCGUCGGCGAUAGCAACAGUAUCACACGAGGAUCCAAAAGAUGUACAGAAAGACGAUAAUAAAGGAUACGAUCCGUUCAGUCUCUUGAGAAGUCAAUUCACUAAGAAUAAGGAUAAGUUUAUGAGAAGAGAUGAUCGUCCAAAUCGACUCGACAGAGAGAGGCCACGAGAUGAAAGAGAAUCACGUGAUAAGUACAGAAAUGAAAGGGACCGCAAACAUUCCGAAAGAGAUGAAAGGAAUAAAAUUUCUGAACAUGAGAAAGAAGAAAAAAGAUAUCCAGAUAAAGAUAACAUUGACGGAGAGAAAGAUCGGAGAGAUAUUAGAGAAAGGAAAGAGAUAUUCAAAGAAAAAAAUGACGAUAAGCCUAUCGAGAAACCAAGUGUUUCUAACGAUAGGAAGAUAUUAGAAAAGGAUAGCUCUAAAGAAAGAGACGAAAAGAAAGAUAAGUCUGAGCGAGACAGAUCCCGCGAUCGGGACGAGAGGAAGACGUCAGAUAAAGAUAGGUCAAGAGAAAGAGAUGAUAAAAAGAAAUCAGGAGACAGAGAAGAUAACUCUGAACGCGAUAAAUCUAAAGAUCGUGAUGACGUAAGAUCUGAAAAAGAUAGGUCUAAAGAAAGAGAUUAUAGAAAAGACAGAUUUGAUAGGGAUAGAUCGAGGGACAGAAAGAGAUUAUCUCGGGAAAGAGAUGAUCGGAGAGAGAGAUCCAGAGGCAGAGACAGCAGGAGGGCGAGAUAUCAGAGAGACAGAUUUAAAGAUAGAAGUGACAGAUCUAAGGAUAGAUACGAUAGAUCUAAAGAUCGAAGCGACAGGAGGGAUAGGGAAGAUAAACGGGAUAGGUCAAAGGACAGAGAUAGCAAAAGAGAAAAGUCAUAUGAUGAUAAAGAUAGGAAGAGAGAUAGAGAUGAAGAUAAGAAGACAGAUGACAAGCCGUCAUCAAGUGGAAAACAAAGGUCUAAAUCACCCGACCGUGAGAAACCAUCCGAGCGCAAGAGUACUGAUAAAGUAGGAGAGGAUGAUAAGAAGAAGGAGGAGGAAAGAAAUGAGGCUCGUAAGGAGUUGAUGGAAAUAGUUCGUCUGAUCAAGUCCCGGCAGCGCGAGAGGGAGAGUAAGGCGUCGGAAAGUAAAAAGAAGAGACGUUCGUCGAGCGAGUCGUCGGGGUCGCGCGGCCGUAGCUCCGGCAGAGGCACUCGGUCUAGACGCUCUCGCAGUCCGCGGUCUAGACGCAACAGACGCUCUUCGUCUUCUAAU